AUGGAGCACAACGAGCCUGAGCCUGCACAGGCAGACUGCCAGGAACUGACUGAACACUGUGAUGAUGUUGCCAUGGAUGUUCCAAUCUCAGACAACGACUUCGAUCAAGCAUAUCAGGACGAACUCGACGAUGUUCCUCCACCUUCAGACGAUGUCGACGAGAGCCCUAUCACGAAGAGACUGGCUAACCGAAAGACUUUACAAUAUGCUCCACAGCCAACGCCUGCUGCUACCAUACAGGUUCAGAGACCGGUGCUCGAUAAUGAUGCUUUUGCUCAAUUCAACUUCAUACCUCCACAGUAUGCCAGUCGGAAUCUGAAGGAGGACAAACCUUUGGGCCCUGUGCAAGAGCAAGGCUAUAAUUACAAGGGAAGAUCUAGUGGGCAUGAACCUCCUCACUCUGUCCUUACACCUAGUGUGCGUACGUCAAACCUUUCUGGCAACCUACCUAAUGCUGCCGGUAUGCUCGACGUGAGCAUGCAAAAUCCGAGAGGUGCAGAUGCCACAACGAAGACAGCAUGCAAACAGACCUCCCCGAGCCCGGUACCUCGUACUCCUGUCAUGCCUGAUGAACUCCAUGGCCAUUCCCCGCAGCAAGAGACAGCAAUUCCCGCGAUGGACAGGUUGACGACGCCCAAGACUGAGGCUCUGAAAGCUGCCUCCGAGUCAGAUACUGAGGACAAACCUCCGGGUCAGUCUGGCGACGCUGUCAUGAAUUCAAACCAUUGCAGGAGAGCCUCUUCAGACCAAAAUCAAUUCCAAACACCAGGACCAAAAACUCCUCAACCACCUGUUCAAACCCUGGUCUCACCAGAAACUGACCAAGCUCACCUGACUCCAGCAAGAAGAAGCCGUCCAAGUUGCGUAGGCUCGUCUGCCAUACAUUCCUCUAGGGUUUCAAAAGCACUAAAGAAAAAUCAAGCUCGAGCUCGAGCACCCCUUGUCGAACGUCUUCCAACCCCGGCUACGACAGAACCACAACAACCAUCAGAAGAGGACCUCUUGUACAUUCUCAUGUCACGAAAUCGGCAGACCCGCCAUGCUUUGGAAAGGCUAGAGCAUCUUGAAGAAGAAACCUUGACACUCCGACAUGGAAAAGCGACCUCCGAUGCUGAACUCCAGCAAAGCUUGCAGUAUCAGGAGCAGGUUGAGUCAGAAAAAGACAUGCUAUGUAGGAGUCUGGCAGUCUUCAAGGAGAAGUACUACAAGCUCAAAAAGUGGGCAUUGGAGGCCAACCACGACUGCGAAGCAUUGGCCAAUGAUGCUUCCGUCAUGAAACGGUCUCUCGCGGAGGUAUCAAGGGAUAGAGAUGAUCUGUCCAGACAAUUGAGAGACAUUCAAACUGCUUCCGGAAGUGGUUGCGAGCAGAUGGAAGCUAUACGUGCAAAAAUUCGCGACGUCAAAGAGUCGUUUCAAGACCACUGUACUGCCAUGAGUCACCUCAGCGGUCAAUAUCUGCAACAAGAACAACGUCUCAUGGACGAAAAGCACAGGUGCGGAAGACUGGAAAGUCACAUUUUGCAUGUGGAGCAGGAGAGAAACAAACAAACUCUCAGCAUCACCAGCAAGGCUGACAUGCUGGACACGACCCUGCAAGGCAUGUCAGGUAAGCUGCAAACUCUCUUGGAUGACAGAGAAGAGAGGAUCUCGGGAAAUGUCAACGCUUUCAAUGCGUUCAUGGAAAUGUGCCAGAUGAUACGUGAAAAAGACCUUGCAACAAAUGCCGACUUGAGAGAUGUCACGCAAAGUGUUGGCACGUUGAGAGUCUUGAUGCAGGAGCACUUGGAUUCGGUCACGGAGAUUUUUGACGUGUCAAUCGCGGAUCUGCUAGACGACCUCCAGCAACGGUCUCCGCUGGCGGCCAACAAGGUCCAGACUGAGGAGGACUUUCCAGCUGUCAAGAAGGUUUUGGAGGACAGAGUUGAUCAGCUGAGACUGGUCAUCAAUCUGCCUGAUAGUGGAACGCCCAGGGUCAACAAUGGGCAAGGGAAGCCACCCUUUGCGGUAAAGGCCAUUCGGGAGAUGCUUGAGAUUCAAAAAGACAUCUAUCGACAACAGAUGACAACUCUUCAAAACGAAAUGAACGAUCUUUCAACGAGAUGUGAGGCGGCUCAGCGUGAGAUUACUCAGCUUUCGACAAAAAAUCAGGCUGCUGACGAACGAGCCGACGAGCUCGAGACUCAACACCAGACAGCUCAGAGCAAAGCCGCCCGGCUUUUAAUAAUGUACGAGGAGGCUCACGCCGAGAAGGAAGGCCUUCAGACGCAGCUUGACGCUGCUGAGGCUAAGAUCGGCGAACUCUCGACAAACCAAGUCAAUGCCGAGACCGAGAAGACCAAAAUUACAAAGGAACGCGACACGGCUCGAACUCAACUUAAGAACCUUGCGGGCAUCAAUGAGAAGGCUCAGAGUGAUAUCGCUGCGCUUCGGACCAAAAAUAAGACGGCUGAAAUUCGUAUCAGCGAGCUCACGACGAAAAACCGGACUGUUCUGAAAGAAGUCGAUGAACUUACAGCGAACCAUCAGGCGGUCCAGCGUGAAAAGGAGGAGCUUGCAGCGGAACGCAACGCCACUCAAGAGAAGUUUGACAAACUUUCGACAAAGUACAUGAAGGUCCAGACUGGAUGGACCAGAACCGCGGAGAAGUGUGAGGCGGUUGAAUCCCAACUUGGCAAAGUCACAGUAGACUUGAAUGUGGCUGGGGGUGAGAUCCAGACAUGCAAGCACCAGCUUAAGGAGAGGCGUGAAGAGCUCGAGGUUUUGGAGAAAGAGUUGGAGGAUGCGCGCAUGAACAAGGGAUUACUUGAUGAUGCUCUUACUAAAGCCAAAGAUGAGAUCCACCGUCUAAAGGAUGAAGAGCAGCAACACGAGUUCGAGAUCCACGAGCUCCAGGAUGACCUCGACGGUGAGAUCCAGCAACGUCGCGAAAUCGAACGAAAGCUCAGUCACCAUAUAACCUUCCUCGAAGAACUUCUGAAAGAGAUCCAGGUCAAUUCGCAAGCUGCAGUUCAUGACAAAGAGGCUCUGCAAUCUCGCAUUGUUUUGCUGGAGUCCGGUGUUGCUGAGGGGCAAGACACUACUCGCACACUGGGAGAGACUCGCAAUGCUCUCCAAACGACAACUGCGGAGCUCAAUGAACUUCGACGGAAGCAAGCUGACUUUGAAAUCCUGCAGCAGAAGACCGUUUCUCAGCAGAACGAAAUAUAUCAGAAGGACCUUGAGGCACAGUCUGUGCAACAAACACUAUCAAAAUUGCAGGAAACAAUUGCAAAUCUCCAAGAAAAGGCUCGAAGCAAUGAACAUCUGGCUAGAGAGAAAUCUGUCCUUGAGAAAGAGUUUUCGGACUUACAAGCACAAAAUCUGGACCAGGCUGAACUGGAGACCACAAUUCAGAAUCUUCGUAAAGAAGCGCAAGCACUCAACAACGCACUCGCAACAGCCAAAACGAGGGUGACGGAAGCAGAUGCGUUGCAGCUGAAGAACCAAGAGCUCGUCACGUCCAUCGGCUCAAUGGCAGCAGAUCUGCAGCAAGCUCGACAUGAAUGUGCACGGCUUCCGUCUCUGAAUGAAGCCAUUGCAAACCUAGACAACAGCAUUUCCACCCUCCAAGAGCAAUUGAAGACUGCCAUGACUGAGGCAGAGGAGGAGGCCCAGGGUAAAGACGAGGAGCUACAGCGCAGAAAUGAGCAAAUUACUUCUCUGGAGCAGGAGAAGGCUGAUCUCCAACAAGAACUGCUAGUUUGCGAGGGCGAGCUUGCCAAUGCCAAACUCGACAAGGAAGCACAACCUCAGCCUCAACGCAGGGUUGCCGAUCGGUCAGGCAAGAGAGGGCCGGUCGUCAAAGGGCCUAUCUGCUCUGGAUCGACGGAUAAUGUGGAAGGUGUGGAAGUUUUCAGAGACGAAGCUGACCCUGAACUGGAGAGACCAACUCCCAGAUCGACGGGGAACCUUACCGUGGUCCCAGAAACGCAGUUUGAUCACCAGGCCAGUGCUCAUGUUGGGCAGAACGACUUACUGGCGGACGAAGGCCUGCUAAACGAUGGUUCGACUUCCGAGUUGAGCAGUGUGCCCGAAGAUUUGACCCAUCAAGAUGACCGACAUAAUGACACGCAGCCCAAGCGUCAAGAUCAAGACAGCCAGAAGCACGACGAUCAGAUGCAAACCAAGCACCAAGUCAUGGAUCAAGCACCGUCAAGCUCGUAUAGCUCGCACGGCGAGCAGAUGCUGCUGGAUCAACUGAGCCAGAAUGACUCUGGGUUUGUUCCUGGGUUGUCCACGCUACCAUCAACGAUCACAUCUCGCCAGGAUAGUGGAGACGAGGAUGUGGUCGGCGAAUUGGAUCGAGCUAAUGCAAUGCCUUGGAAUCGUGCAGAUUGGAACAAUGCUCCAAGCCGAAGGAGGCUGAGGAGCGAGUCUCAUUUUCGAGGAAGACAAUCCACACCUUUUCCAGGACAAACGGCUGACCCUCUCCACCACCAAGACAUGACACCUGCCACGCCUCGAGAGCGUUAUCAGCCAAACUCUGCUGCCAAACGCAAGUUGGAUCAUGACGACGUGUCCAAGGCAACCCAAGAUACUCCGAAGAAGAUGAAGCGCAAUCCUGCCAAUCUCGAAGUCAAAGGACGACGUGAACCAAGUGGAAAGUCCCAAACAGCUGGGCAAACAUCUCCGCCGGUCACGUCUGGCUUUCGUAAAGGAGGCAGUGUGAAUGGGACCAACGCUACGGCAAUAGCAAAGAGUCAGCGAAGCUCAAGAGCAGGUCGCAAAAGCUCACGACAGGACAAGUAUGCGGCAAGGUUCGCUGCAGACACCUGAAAUGUCUGACUGAGUAUGUCCGGCGAUGGGAGUCGCGGAGCUGUGAGGGCGGACUGGACGAGUAAAGAUGUGAACAAUGCAGAAUGUUGAUCAAGGACUAUAUGGGAUAUUGUGGUAUGAGUUCGAGAAUCUUCAUAUAUCGUCACAAGGAGCUCGUACGACAAUCACUCCAAGGCAGACUUAUAUAAGUGUUCUUUUAGUCCCUGACGAGGGCAAAUAUUGAGAGAAUCGAAGUAAGAUAGAUACAAAGUAGUGCAGCCACACCGAAGAAGCUUUGUCUGUGCACCGUUGAGGAUCAAGGUCCGAACCAUCCCAGCCGACCGGACCGGACCCAGACGAGCACAGACGGGCGGGCAUUGAAGGAACAAUUCGGAUGCCUGUAGCACGACCUUGCAUAUAAUGGUGCCAACAUAGAGACUUGCUCCCGGGCCUGAAUCAAAGUGA